UCCGCCCGCGCCCUACGCAGACACGUGCGCGCGCCGGGUGCGUCUGCAGCUGGGAUCCCGCCCGGCGCCCGCGGGCUCCAGGGCCUGCCAUGGCGCUUGCGGGUGCUCGGGGUCGCGGCUGGGCAGCAGCGGCCAAAGUGGCCCAGAAACGCCGCCAAAUGGAGGGUGCGGGAGGGCGCCCGAGUCCUGAGCCCGCGAGCCGGCGCGCGGCCCUUUAUGUGCACUGGCCGUACUGCGAGAAACGCUGCACUUACUGCAACUUCAAUAAGUACCUUCCCCGUGGCAGUGUGGAGGAGGAGGAGGCAGUGCGUGGUUGUCUGGUGACCGAGGCCAGGACGCUCCUGAGGAUCAGCGGUGUGCGGCGGGUGGAAUCUGUGUUCUUUGGAGGGGGCACACCCAGCCUGGCCAGUCCUCACACCGUGGCAGCUGUCCUCGAGGCUGUGGCCGCUGCAGUGUACCUGCCCGCAGACUGCGAAGUCACAUUGGAGGCCAACCCCACGUCCGCCUCAGGCUCCAGACUGGCAGCUUUCGGGGCAGCAGGGGUCAACAGGGUGUCCAUCGGUGUCCAGUCCCUGGACGACCGGGAACUCCAGCUGCUGGGGCGGACACACACGGCCCGUGAUGCCCUGCGAACACUGGAGGAGGCCCGGCGUCUCUUCCCAGGGCGCGUGUCCACGGACCUGCUGCUGGGGCUGCCCGCACAGCAGCUGGAGCCAUGGCUGCUACAGCUGCAGGAGUUGCUUCACCACUGCGAUGACCACAUCUCCCUGUACCAGCUGUCCCUGGAGCGGGGCACCUCGCUCUUUAGCCAAGUGCAGCGGGGCACCCUGCCCAGCCCUGACCCCGACCUGGCCGCAGAGAUGUACCUGGAGGGCCGGGCUGCCUUGCGGGAGGCGGGCUUCCGCCAGUACGAGGUGUCCAACUUUGCCAGGAACGGGGCGCUUAGUACCCACAAUUGGACAUACUGGCAGUGCGGACAGUACCUUGGCAUUGGGCCUGGGGCCCAUGGGCGGUUUAUACCCCUGGGGGCCGGUGGCCAUACCCGGGAAGCUCGGAUCCAGACCCUGGAACCUGACAACUGGAUGAAGGAGGUGAUUCUGUUCGGCCAUGGUACCCGGAAACGCGUCUCCCUGAGUGAACUGGAGCUGCUGGAAGAAGUUUUGGCCAUGGGGCUACGGACAGAUGUGGGGGUCACUCAUCAGCACUGGCAGCACUUCACUCCCCGACUGAGCCUAUGGGACAUAUUCGGAGCAGGUCCGGAGGUGAGGGAGCUUCAGGAGCAGGGUCUGCUGCUGCUGGAUGACAGGGGCCUGCGAUGUUCCUGGGAGGGGCUGGCUGUGCUUGACUCUCUGCUGCUAACGCUCCUGUGUCUACUUCGAAGGACCUGGCAGCAAAGAAGGCCCUGCCUCACGCCAGGAGGGUAACCAGACCCUGCCAGCUGGGCCUUUGGCUGUGGCCAGGACUCCAGCUAGGGGGCUGGAACCCCUUUCUGGUGAGGGACUUGUUCUUCGUUCUGUUUCCUGCUGCCGGGGAGUGGUUGAGGUGUCUGCCAAAGCCUCAGCCUUGACCAUGGAAGCCCAUCCUGGCUGGCUCCCAACUCUGAGCACUUGUUCUGCUGCUUCUGGUCCCGCUAACCCCAUGUAGGUAGGGGAGAAAAGGGGAGAAGCCUCCUGGGGAGACCCUGUGUUGCACACUUAGCCCAGGGACAUUGGACUCUGAGAAUAGGGGGAAGGUCAGGACAAGCCUUAGCUUCUCUUUAAUUAUCCAGGGUUUGUCCUAGGUGGCAGUGCUAUCUGAGAGCCCUUCAGCAGAGUAUGAAGGCAUGGGGAACUAAGCAGGGAAAGGAAAGAGGAGGAGAAUUCACAGGCAGCCCAGAGCCUGCUGUUCCCUGUGGCCCUCUGCUGCCCCAGCAUUCACCCAGCCGUUUUUUAAAUAGCCUGAAAGUCCCUCUGGGUCCUGCCUGUGCCCAUGGCCUUCCUGGGGGGAAGGUGCCUCCUGAGACUUAGCCUCGCCCCUUCCCUGCAUUUCCUUUUGAAAGAUUUUAAACCUACAGAAAAGUUGAAAGGAAAAUUUGAUGUAAACCAUACCCACCGCCUCCACUGCAGGGUGCCGCCAGAGACAGGAUUCAUGUCAGCAAGGCCGGCUUCCACCAACUGGAAAUCAAACAGCCAGCCUGCCUGGCUUCGCGCUCACCCCAGCCUCGGCCAUUGUUCCACAUCGGCCACCUUCAUUUUAUCUUUAGACAGCUCGCUUGCUCGCUGGCGACUUUCUUUUUUCCUUCCUUUCUUGCUUUUUCUGCAGCGUUUGAAAGAAAAUGAUAGGCAGCAAACAUUUUAUCUUCUGUGUCCAAGGAAAGACUUAUUCUCCAGCCACAAAAAAAUCAUUACCAACCGAAGAGCAGUUACAUCCGCGCAGUCAUGCUCAGGGUUUUCACAAAUGAUCACCCAGGUCUCCAAAAACACCUUUCAAUUCCUAAGGGGACAUAGAUUCCAAUAAAGUUUUAUGCUUCACUUUCAA